UUUGUCGUUCGAGCCUGCACAUCACGUGCAAGUUCAACGGGCCGGAAGAUCUUGCCGGGGUGGAUUGUACGGAGCCGGGCGGCUAAGCAACUUUGCUGACUAAUCCCGAAUUUCUGGCGGUGGUUGGGCGCGAGUCCGAGCCCAAUGGACCGCGCACCGCGACUUCUCUCAGUCCCCUCAACGGCGUCCCGCCCGCCGACAGACCAGCCGCACUCCAAGGUCAUUAAGGAAACCCCUAUUGGGAAAGGCCUUGAUACCUUCCGCGCUUUGUUCGAUGCCAUCUGUGAAGACGCGAGCAUAUCACACCGCCACAAGCAAGCAAAAACCAAAGACGGCGAUAACAGGGCCGACACCGACAACCACUCCGUCAUCGACCACCACUCCGUCACCGACCGCCCCGUCACCCUUUCUACGCUUCCUCCCGAAGUGCAUCGGCUCAUCUUUACUUGCAUCGAAUGCAUCGAAGACGUGUUUCGCCUCGGUCUCGCGAAUCGGUACUUCUGGUCGAUCGGUCGAGAACGUAUACAUGAUUACUACACUUCGUUCCUCGGACGAUGGGCCAAGGAGAAUAUAGUCUGCGUGGGAGAAGAUGUCAAGCCAGGCGACUAUCCUCCUGGCCUGUUUUCGGCCGAAGAACUAGACGUCUUGCAUCAAAAGACGAGCGACAUACCGUACGACUGGGACGAUGACUGGGAGGAUGUGGCAUUUGCGAAUGAGCCGUUCACGCUUCACCACUUCACUUUUCCCAGUAUUUCCACCACGGAACAAGACGUUCGUCUGUUCGGCGAGUCUCUGGCAUUGGCUGGCCACCUCUCCGACUUGGAGGACAUCUCCAAGGAUCCCGCUUUCCAUUGUAUACGUUCGAAGAUACGGGUUAAAGAGGAGACCUACUUCCCCCAAGACCAGCAGUGGAUUCUUCGAAACUUGACGACGAAGCAGUUCGUCCGCUCGGAAGCCAUCAUCCUGAAGCCAGAAUUCGUCCACGGCCCCAACAUCAGUGUCUUGGGCUUCGGUGAAGUCGUCAUGUCGCGCAUAUACUGGUCGACAUCCUCAUUUACUAGCAUGAGCGAUACGGUCAAUAUCUCGAGGGGCGUAUGGGCAGGGCACCGCCUCGACAUCACAACGCUCGCGAGACACCGAGACGAGACCAACGAGGUGGGAUGGAGCGAUGUGAGCGACGAAGUGGCGCGAGAGAUUGCGGUUAUCUGGGAGAGCGAAUAUGGCGCCGACUGGCGUGAGACCCUCUGUAAUCACUGGUAUCAAAAGUACGGAGGAUUCUCUCGCCCGGUGUAUUAGUCUGGACACACGCCGUCGCGCUCGCGCUCGGGCGAGCUGCUCGGCAAGGCGGCUAUGCUGCCGGGGUGUCGGCAAUAUCCGGUGCGCCCCUACCAGCGCGUCUUGUCAGGGAUUCUGAGACCAUUUCCUGCCUUCAACAGCACCCUCCCCCGACCAACACCACCACCACCAUCCAGGCCCCAUUCGGGUAGGAUGAAGCGGGCUGGCAAGUGACUGGUAAUACGCACGGCUUCGAUUACAGUUUCGAUAUCCGACGUUUUGUUGUCCUGUUUUCGUGUGCGGGGGGGUCGUUCUCAUCGGGCCUCCAGUUCGACGCUGACUCUGGAAUCUUCCACAGCAGAGGCCGGUGGGGGCCGACCUGCAUGGUCCGCGGGCAGCGCUCGCAUCCAAUCAUUACAGGCCAGAAAGGACCAAUCAGGACCGAGAGUUAGGAACGUCGUUC